ACCAAAAGAAACUAAUAAAAAAUCAAAACUUAAAGAAAAUAUAUUAAAAAUAAUAUUAAACAAUGCCUAUAACGUGAGCUACAAGGACACAAUUCAAAUAUAAUCUAUAACCCAACCGAGCAAGCAAGAGUCCCUUACCCAUGCUACUUCCCUUACAUGCCUCUUCAUUGGCGUUGAAGGGCUGCUGUUCCCCCGACUCAACCGCGACCUUCUACUUCCAGAGCUCGCCAUGGCGGUGCCGUUGUUUAUCUGCGCUGCUGCUCCUUGCAACCUCCAUAUCGGUUCCGACGUCCCCUACGUGUAAGAAACUAGCCAGCGUGACCUCCAUCCUCGCCGCUAAUACUGUAAUAUAUGCAUCACGAGCACUGUUGGAUUAUAGGAUCUAGGAUUCGGUGUGACAAAUUGGUAUACCGACACUUAGUGAGUGAAAAUUCAAGGAUAAGUUCAAGACUUGCAAGGAUUAGGCGUAGAAUAAUUUUGGACGGUCAAAAAAGAAGAAAAAGAACAAGUCUUUGUUUACGAAAUGCACCUCAAGCAAGAAGUGCAGAACAGAGCAGAGUACAGAGGAGAACUGGAGCUAACCUGUUUGACAGAGCAGAAGAGCGAAGCAAGGGCGACGGCGAUGAUGGACACCCGCGGGUCUGUAUUAAAACCGGCCGGUUCAAACCGGCCCAAAACGGUUCUUUUCCUUAUCCGGUUACAUCACUCAACCAGAUCGGUUAUGAGUCCGGUUCACCGGUUUUUCAGUCGAACCGACCGGUCCGGUCCGGUUCUUACAACUAUGAUUUCAAGACACCUACAAUGGAGGAAAGAGAAGAAAUAUUGUCAAAGAGAAUUUUGCGGCCGGUAGCAGCUCAUAUAAUCAAGUUCUCUUGA